UUUGUGCACUGCUCCCCAAGCAUCCAGCCCACUGACACUCGUCUCGUCUUUCAUUUGCAUUUCAGUCGCCCAGCGUAUUGGACGUGGAAACCAGAAGAUCUAGACAAUCAUUAUGAGUUCCAAGAAGAUUGCUCUCCUAAGCGUGUCGGACAAGACGGGACUGCUCGAUUUGGGCAAGAGUCUGGUGGCCCUAGGCUUCGACUUGGUGGCUAGCGGCGGCACGGCUACCGUCCUGCGCGGCGCUGGCCUCAAGGUUAGGGAUGUCUCUGAAAUUACGGGAGCUCCAGAGAUGCUGGGUGGACGCGUGAAAACGCUGCAUCCGGCCGUGCACGCUGGUAUUCUUUCGCGAACCACCGACAGCGAUCUGGCUGAUAUGCGCAAGCAGGGCUUCGAUCUUGUCCAGCUGGUCGUGUGCAAUCUGUAUCCUUUCGCCAGCACCGUUGCCAAAACUGAUGUGACGCUGGCCGAUGCUGUGGAGAACAUCGAUAUCGGUGGAGUGACUCUGCUCCGCGCGGCGGCCAAGAAUCACCAGCGAGUCACGGUUGUCUGUGAGGCCAUUGACUACGACCGUGUGCUGACCGAGCUGAAGGCUUCGGGAGAUACCACAGUGGAGACCCGGCAGGCCCUGGCCCUCAAGGCCUUUACCCACACGGCAAGCUACGACGACGCCAUCUCGGACUACUUCAGGAAGCAGUAUGGAUCGGGUGUGUCCCAGCUGCCGUUGCGCUACGGCAUGAAUCCGCACCAGAAGCCCGCCCAGUUGUACACGCAACUGGCCAAGCUGCCGCUCCAGGUGCUCAACGCCUCGCCCGGAUUCAUCAACCUGUGCGACGCCUUGAAUGGCUGGCAGUUAGUCCGGGAGCUGAAGCAGGCCUUACAGCUGCCGGCGGCCACUAGCUUUAAGCAUGUGUCUCCGGCAGGAGCUGCUGUAGGCGUUCCCCUCAAUCCCGCCCAGGCCAAGCUCUGCAUGGUGGACGAUCUGUACGAGCAGCUUACUCCCUUGGCCACGGCCUAUGCCCGUGCCCGUGGAGCCGAUCGCAUGAGCUCCUUUGGCGACUUUGUUGCUCUCUCCGAUGUGUGCGAUGUGGUCACAGCCAGGAUUAUCUCACGAGAGGUUUCCGAUGGAAUCAUAGCCGCUGGCUACGAGCCUGAGGCUCUGGAGAUUCUGAAAAAGAAGAAGAACGGCGGAUACUGCAUUUUGCAGAUGGACCCCAACUAUGAACCUUCUGCCGUGGAGCGCAAGACCAUUUUUGGCUUGACGCUGGAGCAAAAGCGCAACGACGCCGUCAUUGGCCCCUCGCUCUUCGCGAAUGUGGUGAGCAAGAAGGGACCCCUGCCCGAGGCAGCUGUGCGUGAUCUGAUCGUGGCCACCAUUGCCUUGAAGUACACACAGAGCAACUCCGUGUGCUAUGCCCGCGAUGGCCAGGUGAUCGGCAUCGGUGCUGGCCAGCAGUCAAGGAUUCACUGCACUCGCCUGGCGGGCGAGAAGGCGGACAACUGGUGGCUGCGUCAGCAUCCGAGUGUGGCCGGCAUGAAGUUUAAGGCGGGCGUCAAGCGGGCAGAGAUCUCCAAUGCGAUUGACAACUAUGUGAAUGGAACCGUGGGCAAGGAUAUGCCGCUCUCACAGUUUGAGGGGAUGUUCGACAAGGCGCCGGCGCAGUUGACCAGCGAACAGAAGGUGCAGUGGCUCAAGGAGCUCAGCGGUGUGGCCCUGGGAUCUGAUGCCUUUUUCCCCUUCCGGGACAACAUCGAUCGCGCAAGUCUGAGCGGUGUCUCCUACAUCGGCAGUCCCGCCGGUUCCACCAAUGACGCUGGUGUCAUUGCUGCCUGCGAUGAGCACGGCAUUAUUAUGGCCCACACCAACCUGCGCUUGUUCCAUCAUUAGCAGCUGCCUCCAGUAUCCUUCCCAGCUUGCUUUUUCAACAAAAUGGAAACUAACAGACAUUUAUAUAUUAUAUAAUAUACUUUUGAUACAUUUUUUAGGAACAUAAGACCCAGACAGCUCAAAUCCUUUAGAUAUACAAAGUUUGUAAAACGAAAACCCAAACGCAACUGCCCCAACUCUUCAUUCCAAGCUGAAUAAAAAUUAAAAACA